CAGCGAGUGUCUCGUGAGCUGCCCCACAUGAUGCCUGACUAAAACAAAAAGAGAUAUACCACAGUCAUUGCAUGAUGGGAUUGUCCCCAGGUCACUGCAACCCCUGCCAAGCCCAUCUAUCCAUCCAUUUUCUACCGCUUGUCCCUUUUGGGGCCGCGAGCGGUGCUGGAGCCAAUCUAAGCUGCAUUCGGGCGGAAGGCAUUUACACCCCGGACAAAUCGCCACCUCAACACAGACCCCUGCCAAGCAUCUGUAACGACCUGGGCGCAUGGUGAUGCGGAUUUCGUUCUCCCAGGGAAGCAGAUGGGCUUCGGACACAGCGUACAGGUUUAAAUGUUUGCACCUCCAGAGGGGCCAGCACUUGUAAGCAGUGUCUCGCGGUGCACCCCAGCUGUGCAUGGUGCGUCCAAGAGGUUUUUGGUCAGGGCGAGGGCAGCUCGUCCCGCUGCGACCUAAAGACCAACCUGAUUGCAGCAGGCUGUGCUGCGGUGGAGUCCCCACAUAGCAGAAUGCAAGUGCUAGAGGAUCGGCCCCUCACUAAAAAGGCGGCGGGGGCCACUCAGGAUGUAACUCAGAUCAAGCCCCAGAAGCUCCACAUCACCCUCAGGCCCGAUGAUGCCAAGCGCUUCACGGUUAAGGUACGGCAGGUAGAGGACUACCCCGUGGACCUCUACUACCUCAUGGAUCUCUCCUACUCCAUGAACGACGACCUGUACCGCCUGAGGACGCUAGGGAGGGGUUUGGCCGAGGCCAUGAACCGGGCCACCAGCAACCUCCGCAUGGGCUUUGGGGCCUUUGUGGACAAACCACUGUCCCCUUACAUGUACAUUUCUCCUAAAGAGGCUGUCAAGAACCCUUGCUUCAGCAUCAACACCACCUGCCUGCCUCAGUUUGGCUACAAACACGUUCUGUCUUUAACGGAGAAAGUGAAUCGCUUCACAGAGGAAGUAAGGAAGCAGAUUGUAUCCAGGAACCGGGACGCACCCGAGGGAGGUUUUGAUGCCAUCCUCCAGGCCGCUGUCUGCAAGGAGCAGAUCGGCUGGCGUCCCGGCGCGUCCCACCUCCUCAUCUUUACCUCGGACGCCAAGACGCACGUGGCGCUGGACGGUCGCCUCGCCGGGAUCGUGCGGCCCAACGACGGACGGUGCCACCUCAACUCGGACAACUUGUACAGCAUGUCUACCACCAUGGAUUACCCAUCCCUCGCGCUCAUUACGGAGAAGAUGUCAGAGAACAACAUCAACCUCAUCUUUGCUGUCACCAACCCUGUGGUGCCAUUGUACCAGAACUACAGUGAGCUGAUUCCCGGUACCACUGUGGGAACGCUGUCCAAUGACUCUGGCAAUGUCAUUCAGCUCAUAUUGAAGGCCUACGCUAAAAUCCGCUCCAAGGUAGAGCUGGAGCUUUUGGGCGUCCCGGAGGAGCUGUCGCUCUCUUUUAACGCCACAUGUUUAAAUGGAGAAGUCAUCCCAGGCCUCAAGUCUUGCUCGGGACUCAAGAUCGGAGACACGGUGUCUUUCAGUGUGGAGGCCCGAGCUCGAGCCUGCCCCAAACAGAAGAAGAAGACCUUCAUCAUCAAGCCGGUGGGUUUCAAGGACUCCCUCUCCAUCACUGUCACCUUCGAGUGCGACUGCAAGUGCCAGAACAAAGCACAGCCCUUCAGCCCCAAGUGUCACCAGGGCAACGGCACCUUCGAGUGCGGUAUCUGCAUGUGCCACCCGGGCCGCUUGGGACCGCACUGCGAGUGUGCCGAGGGCGACUACGGCCCCGCGGAGCAGGACCGCUGCACAGAGCCCGGGGACGGGUCCAGGGGUAUCUGCAACGGGCGCGGGGACUGCGUGUGCGGUCAGUGCGUGUGCCACAGCAGUGACUUUGGAAAAGUGUGGGGGAAGAUGUGCGAGUGCGAUGACUUCAACUGUCUUCGUGACAAGGGGGAACUCUGCUCUGGCCACGGCGUCUGCAACUGCGGCUUCUGCCAGUGCGCUCCCGACUGGCAGGGGGAGAACUGCAACUGCUCCACACGAACCGACACCUGCAUGUCCCACCUGGGCCUGCUGUGCAGUGGGAGGGGCCAGUGUGUGUGCGGAGCCUGCGAGUGCACCCAGCCCGGGGCCUACGGGGCCACCUGUGACAAAUGCCCCACCUGCCCUGACGCAUGCACCAUGAAAAAGGAGUGUGUGGAGUGUAAGCAUUUCAAAAGAGGCAAGCUGUUUGAAGACAACACCUGCGCUCGCAUCUGCAAGGACGACAUUGUGCUUGUGGAUGAAUUAGUGUUCCACGAUACAAACGCCGUUAACUGCACUUACAAGGACGAGGACGACUGCCUGGAGCGCUUCCAGUACUACGAGGACGCCAGCGGCAAGUCCAUCUUGUUUGUCGUCAAGGAGCCAGACUGCCCGGAAGGCCCGGACGUCUUGGUGGUGCUGCUCUCGGUAGCCGGGGCCAUCUUGUUCCUGGGCUUGGCGGCCCUGCUCAUCUGGAAGCUGCUGGUGACCAUUCACGACAGGCGAGAGUUCGCCAAAUUUGAGGAAGAGCGCGCUCAAGCCAAAUGGGACACGGGACAUAAUCCUCUUUACAAAGGGGCCACCUCCACCUUCACAAACAUCACAUACAGAGGAAAAGACUGAUCGGAUGAAACAAACUUUCUCUGUGUGGGGGAAAAUAAUCAUGUGCAGGUCUCUACUGUCACAAAUGCAAUGAAUAAUAAUUAUUAUUGUUUGUAAAUAUGUAGAAAUGAUUUUGUUUUAAUCAGUGUUUUGUCAGCAAAUAUAAUCAUGGUUGUUGUUUCUACAUGCAAGCUACUGCCAUCUAUUGGGAAAAAACUGUAACUGCAAUAGUAAGUUAAACUGUUGAUUGGCAUACGGAAAAAAAUGUCUAAUUAAGAGUUGAUUAAUUUAUAGUUUCUUGAAAAAUGUUACAGGUAACUCUAAGUGACUUAAAUUUUUUUUAAUGCGUUUAUACAAAUGUAAUAUACAAAUGCAAUGAAGUUAAAUCGAAUUCAAACAUGUUUAGUGCAUUAAAUAUUAGGAAUAAGUAAAGUUUAAGGACAUUGUGUGUACAUAAAUAUACAAGAGUAACAUAAUUGACCUCCCCAUCUCGAGAAUAUUUACCUUUUCUUUUUAUAGAGGAGGUUUCGACCAAAUUUAAUGCAGCAUUUCAGAAUAAAAGCCUCUGAAAUAUGCAUUUGCAUGUGAUUUCAGAUAUGUUUUGUUUUUUUACCUGUUUAAAAACGAUAACUUGUUCUGUUGAUUGGUGUUUGAGAAAAUAUGUCCAAAUGAAAAAUUGUUGAUUUAAAAUGUUAUCAGAAAAUUCAUAAAUAAUUUUAGAGGAAACGAUUUGUUUCUGAAAGUUUUUUGUAUGCUUUUAUUUGAACUUUUAUCCGGAUGUAAUAUCAUUCAAACGUAAUGAAAUUGGAGUAAAUUCAAACAAAUGUAUUGUAUUAAAUGCUGGGACUAAGUAAAGUUUUAUUGAAUAUGUUUUGCACAUAAAUAUGUUAAUGUAACACAGCUGGCUGCUCAUACUAAUAAUAUUUACCUCUACUUGGAAAGAAGAGGUUUCAUCCUAACUUGAUGUAGCGUUUCAAAAUAAAAUCUAAUUUUGUGACUG